AUGGCCGACAGCCCCGAUCUUCGACCGAUUGUGAUUUCCGGUCCCUCAGGGGUUGGCAAAGGGACGCUAAUUCAGAAGCUUUUCGAUACACACCCGGGCACCUUUGGACUUACCGUGUCUCAUACCACGCGUGAACCGCGACCGGGCGAAGUCGAGGGAGUCGCUUACUUCUUCGUCUCUCGCUCCGAGUUUUCCUCCCUGUGCUCCCAGGGCGCUCUAGUGGAGUACGCAUGUUUCAGUGGCAAUUACUAUGGCACGAGCAAGCAGGCCAUCGAAAACCAGGCUAGCAAAGGUUUAAUUGUGGUGCUGGACAUUGAGAUGCAGGGCAUCAAGCAAAUGAAGGCGAAUCCCAACUUCAAUGCACGAUACGUUUUUAUCAAACCACCAAGUUUCGAAGCACUAGAGACUCGUCUCAGGGGCCGUAGAACUGAAAAUGAGGAAAAUAUCCAGGAAAGGCUUUCCCAGGCCCACAUUGAAUUUGAUUAUGCCGACUUGCCGGCAACUUUGAUAAGAUCAUUGUCAACGAUGGUGUUGAAAAGGCAUAUCAGGAGCUUGAGAAGCUUUGUGUUUGGAUCACCGUCGCGAGAUCAUACUUAA